CAAGAGGUACCUGCACGGAUUUUAACAUAAAUAGAAAAUGAAAUUAAGUUCUUUGUUAUGCUUGUUAUCAGAUGAAAGUUUGGCAAAAACAUACUAAUUGACAAUUGGAAACAGAUAUGUGAAUAUAGGAUUAAAGAAACCAAAAAAUUAAUUUUGACAUGUGGGCAUUUGGAUAAUUAAUGUAAGUUACUCCUUUUCCUCAAUUGUCUGAUAAUUUACAUGGUAUGAAUAUUAUGCAAGCUGACUUUGUGAGUUAAGGCUGUUUCCCGAAGGUUCAGAAAUGAAUAACAUCCAUGGCUUACAUAAAGUACCUGUAAAGCAAGGUGGUUAGUUCUCUUCCACAAACACCUACCAAGUGCCAUAAAUAACAUCCCUAGCCCUAGUGAACACCUUUGAUCUUGCUUUAGUAAUAUUUUUAAAACCGUAUUGUUUGCCAAAAGUAGUUUCCCAAUAAACUAAUAAAUCUGCCUCUAUGGAUGGUUACUAUAAAAAUUAUCACAAGGCUAAGGAAAGGAUGGCUAUAUGCUAUAAAGGUAAUAUUUCCAAUUUCAGCUAUUGCUAAAAUCAAAAGAACCUGGGUUCUUAUAUAACUUGUGAUCUCAGUAAAAAUUCUUUUUAACCCAGGUACAUUUGUACUGGAAUUUUCCUAAUAGCACCUAAAUUUUGUAUUUGAAAAAUAACCUUGUUAUAUAAUUGGUAGCAACAUGUCUCUCAAUCUAUCUUUGAAUAUAAUUUCAAUAAAAGACACAUGUAUAGAAAUUUCUAAGUGUUCAUGUUGUAUGCUUUUCAGAGAGUUGAAUUUUUCAAGUUAUUCCCACAAUCCCUCGAAAUAUAUAUUGUUGUGGAUAAAAAUCUGUUUGAUUACAUGGGCUCUGACGUACAGGCUGUAACACAGAAGGUUAUCCAGAUAAUUGGAUUUGUUAACACUAUGCUUACUCAGUUAAAACUGACUGUUAAAAUAUCUGCCAUAGAAAUCUGGUCAAAUAAAAACAAAAUUUCUACUGUUGGAAAUGCUAAUAAUAUAUUAAUAAGAUUUUUAGACUGGAAAAGCAAAAAUGUCUUUCAGACUCCUCAUGCUGCAUACUUACUUGCCUUCAAGAAAGAAUUGAGUUUUAUAGGAGCUGUACGUCCUGGAAAAAUAUGUAAUAAGGACUAUGUCGCAGGAGUUGCUCUGUAUCCAGAAGGUUCAUCUUUGGAGUUCUAUACUGUCAGCAUCGUGCAGAUGCUCAGCCUUAAUAUGGGACUGAGUUUUGACAACACUGACACCUGCUACUGUUCAGGAGAUGUUUGCACAAUGUCACCAGAAGCAAUGCGCUUUCGGGGUGUAAAGGAUUUUAGCACCUGUAGCUUGGAUGAGUUUAAAUACUUCGCUUCAAAUUCUGGCUUUGAUUGUCUUCAUAACAUCCGUCCUGUUCCUCCAGUUUACAAACAAUCAAGUAGUGUGUGUGGCAACGGGAAGCUGGAAACGGGUGAAGAAUGUGAUUGUGGCACACCACGUAAUUGCACACAUAAAACCUGCUGUGAGGCUACAUCAUGCAGAUUGAAACAUGAGAAACAGUGUGGUUCUGGGGAAUGCUGCACAAAUGAUUGCAAGUUAAAACCAGGUGGCACACUUUGCAGGAAAGCAAUUGAUGCAGAAUGUGACUUUACUGACUAUUGCAAUGGGUAUGCCCCACACUGUGUGCCUGACACUUUUGCACGCAAUGGACAAAGUUGUCAUUCAGGUGAAGCCCACUGUUUUGAAGGAAGAUGUCGGACAUUUGAUAAACAGUGUAAAACUUUAAUUGGAAAAGAUUCUAGAGGUGCCCCCUUUGAUUGUUUUGAAGAAAUAAAUUCAGAAGGAGAUAGAUUUGGAAACUGUGGCCGUAGUUAUUGUACAUUUUCUGAGACACUGUGUGGAAAAUUAGUUUGUUCCUGGCCACAUAAAGCAUUAAUAUCACAAGCAAAUUUAUCUGUGAUUUAUGCACAUGUACGAGACGAAAUUUGUGUGUCUACAUAUCUAGACACGGGCAAAAUACCUCGAAAUACGAAGUCGACAUAUGAAACACCUGAAGAGAGAGAUCAGACAUUUGUAGAAGAUGGCUCUACGUGUGGUCCUGAGAUGAUAUGUGUCAGAUUUCGUUGCCUAGAGGUUAAACACUUGUUCGACGAAAGUUUAUGCAACAGUGCUACACAUUGUCAGAGCCGUGGAAUUUGCAACAAUUUUCAUCAUUGUCAUUGUGACAAAGGGUUUGCUCCUCCUAACUGCACAGAAUUGAAAGGAGAGUUUGGAAGUAUUGAUGAUGGGCACCGAGGCACUGGAAGGGACUAUAAGUGCUCUGGGGGCAGUUAUCAUGGGAUUUUACUGGGACUCAACGAUCGUCAGGAAGUGUAG